ACGAGUCCACGAAUCUUCCUCCUCGCAAGUCCCCGCAAGUCCCACCCACGCAGCGCAUGCCCGCUGGCUGCUGCUGCUAGUAUAAACAAGCAGCAAACAAUUUGGCCGCUCCAACGCGCGACAGAUUUCCACCCAUGGCGUCGUCGACGGCGCCCUCGCCGCCCGUCUCCUGCCGCCCCUCCACGGCGCGGGGGCGGCCGCCGCCGCCACUGCUGCUCCGCCUCCGCUUCCCCGCGAAUGGGCCCGCGGCGGCGCUGGAGCUCCUCCCUGCAACCAGGAGGCUGAGGGAGGCGGCGCACGUGCGGCGGAUCGAGGCGGCGGCGGCUUGGUGGUUGGGCUCGAGGAGGGAGGGCGCGGCGGUGAGGUGCGCGGCGGCCGGGGAGGUGGUGGGGGGCGCCGCUGGUGCUGGGGUUGGGGUUGGGGUUGGGAGGAGCGCCGGGAUGGAGGUGGCAAUCGCCACCGCGGCGGUCGUGGCGAUGGGAACGGGGAACCGCGUCCUCUACAAGCUCGCCCUCGUGCCGCUCCGCGACUACCCCUUCUUCCUCGCGCAGUUCGCCACGUUCGGCUAUGUGGUUGUCUAUUUCUCGAUCCUGUAUCUUCGUCAUCAAGCUGGCAUUGUCACUGAUGAGAUGCUGUCUCUACCACAAAAACCUUUUCUAGCUGUAGGCCUCUUGGAGGCUUUAGCAGCAGCAUCAGGGAUGGCUGCUGGAGCUGUUCUUUCUGGGGCUUCGAUACCAAUAUUGUCACAGACGUAUCUUGUUUGGCAGCUGCUUUUAUCUGCUAUUUUUUUGAAGAGGCGGUACAGAAUAAAUGAGAUAACUGGUUGCUUUCUUGUGACGGUUGGUGUAAUAAUAACUGUAGCAAGUGGGUCUAGUGCUGGUGCUUCAUUAAAAGGUACUGGAAUUUUGUGGCCACUGCUCAUGAUAAUAUCGUUCUUUCUCCAAGCCGCUGAUACGGUAUUGAAGGAGGUAAUAUUUCUAAAUGCUGCCAAGAAAUUGAAGGGUGGCUCAGUUGAUCUUUUUGUCGUCAACUCAUAUGGCUCUGCUUAUCAAGCUCUUUUCAUGUGCCUCCUGUUGCCAUUCUUGUCAAAGUUAUGGGGAGUACCAUUCCAACAACUACCAACAUACAUCAGAGAUGGCACUGCCUGCUUUCUAAAUAUGGGAUCACUAUCUUCUGGCUGUGAAGGGGCACCACUGUUACCACUACUAUUUGUGUUGGUUAAUAUGGGCUUCAAUAUAUCUCUUCUACACCUACUAAAGAUAUCUUCAGGAGUUGUAUCUUCUCUGGCCUCUACAUUUUCAGUUCCACUGUCCAUCUACGCCUUCACCCUACCGCUGCCGUACAUUGGUGUGGCGUCUACUCUCCCUCCUGGCUUUGUUGCAGGCGCCGCGGUGCUGACCGCCGGCUUACUACUCUACAGCUUUCCACAGGCUCAAAAAACUCCUGGAAAUCCUUCAGCAGCAGGAAUCCCUAGCUAACACUCAUUUGUUCAUUCUUUCUUCCGAGUCUUCACUUCACAACCAUGGUUCACCUAGGCCUGAGGUAGAACAGAAGUUCUCCUGAGGGACCAGCCACCUGCCUGUUGCAUAGUGUAUCAUAUAUCUACGAUUAUACCCAAUAAGUGUGAGGAAAUUCCACACGAACAAGGAAUAAAACUCAAGAGAAGGUACCUGACCAUCAGGCGUUCUUAUUUCGUUGUUACUUACUGAAGUUCGGGAUUGUCAGUACAGUUUCUAGACGGGAUCAGAGCCAGGGAGAAGAGCAGGAGCAUCAUCACCACGGGGAUGAAGAGCAAGCAUGGCGGCGGUGGCGGUAGCGGCGGCAACACCAGUGGGAGCCACAGGAGGAUCACCGCCGCCGCCGCCAUCAACAUUACCAUGGCGCCCUUGUCCAUCUUGGUGUUGCUGGACUGCCUCCUCCGGCCGGUGGCUCACCGGCUGCUCCACUCUCCGGUGUUCAUCUUUCUGGUGAGCAAGUGUUGUGUUGUGCUUCCAGUGAUAAGUUAACAGGCUACUAUAUAUAAUAUGGCCUACAGCCUGUAUGCUUGAAUGUAACGGCUGAACGGCGAGAAGAUGGUAUAUACAUGCUGGCAUUUACUGUGGC